UAUAGGCUUACAGUCUCAGCUGGGGCAGUGAGACAAGAGAGAAGCCCAAGGGAUACCGUAGGGAAGGGAGAAGUUCAAGUAUCCUCAUUUUCAGAUACGAUUCUACACCUAAGACUAUGAAGGAGAGAGCAGGACAUUCAUCAUUGGCUCACAGCAGUUGUGGUGUUGACCACCUGGGAACAAAUUAAAAAUGGGUGAUGUUGAGAAAGGCAAGAAGAUUUGUGUUCAGCAGUGUGCCCAGUGCCACGCUGUGGAACAGGGAGGCAAGCAUAAGACUGGACCAAAUCCCCAUGGUCUGUUUGGGAGGAAGACAGGUCAGGCCACUGGAUUCUCUUACCCAGACACCAACAAGAGCAAAGGGGUAAUAUUCCACAACAGAUGCCUGGUGGAGUCUUCAGAGAAUCCUAGGAAAUACAUCCCUGGAGCAAAAACAAUCUUUGCUGGAAUUCAGAAGAGGGGAGAAAGGGCAGACCUAAUAGCUGAUCUUAAAAAGAAUGCUAAUGAGCAGUUCCACUGCCUUAUUUAUUACAAAACAAAUGUCUCAUGGCUUUUAAUGUGUACUGCAGUUUAAUUCAUACACCAAAAUUCAGAUCAUGAAUGGCUAGCAAUGUUUUUGUUGGGCAGUCCUGAUUUAAGUAAAACUGACUUGUAGUAAAGUGGAUAUGAUCUUUUUAAAAUAACAAUUCCAGUUGUAUAAAUACUAUCUCUGCUCUCCCUUUCUCAUGAUACGAUUGGACUUAAUUAGUGAAGUUCUACUUUUCACAAAGAUGGGGGUGUCACC